AAAGAAUCCUGUUCAUAGAACUGAGCUGAAAGGGGAGGAAGAGACCAGGGGCCAGGAUUCUUGGGAAGCAGGGAAGCUGUGCAGGGAAUUUGAACCAUUUAGAACAUGGCAACCAAGCAGACAGAACCGGUCACCACCAUUAGCCUUCGGAAGUUGAGCUUGGGGACCCCAGAGCCACAGAAGAAACAGUCAAAGACAUUCACCGUGGAAGAGGCUGUGGAGACCAUUGGAUUUGGACGUUUCCACAUUGCCCUGUUUCUGAUCAUGGGCAGCACUGGGGUUGCCGAGGCCAUGGAGAUCAUGUUAAUAGCGGUUGUGUCUCCUGUCAUCCGCUGUGAAUGGCAGCUGGAAAACUGGCAGGUGGCAUUAGUGACCACGAUGGUGUUUUUCGGCUACAUGGUAUUCAGCAUCCUCUUUGGCCUCCUGGCUGACAGAUAUGGCCGCUGGAAGAUUUUGCUCAUCUCAUUCCUGUGGGGAGCCUACUUCUCCUUGCUGACCUCUUUCUCUCCCUCGUACAUCUGGUUCGUCUUCCUGCGGACAAUGGUGGGCUGUGGUGUGUCUGGCCAUGCACAAGGGCUAAUCAUAAAGACUGAAUUUUUGCCUACAAAAUAUCGAGGCUAUAUGCUCCCCUUGUCUCAGGUUUUCUGGCUUGCUGGCUCGCUGCUUAUCAUCGGCCUGGCCUCUGUGGUCAUCCCCACCAUUGGGUGGCGUUGGCUCAUCCGCAUUGCCUCCAUUCCUGGCAUCAUCCUCAUCAUGGUCUUCAAGUUUAUUCCUGAAUCUGCUCGCUUCAAUGUCUCCACCGGGAACACUCAGGCUGCCCUGGCCACACUGGAGCGCAUUGCCAAGAUAAACCGCUCGGUCAUGCCGGAGGGGAAGCUAGUGGAGCCUAUCCUGGAAAAAAGAGGAAGAUUUGCAGACCUAUUGCAUGCCAAAUAUUUACGGACCACGUUACAGAUCUGGGUCAUAUGGCUGGGAAUCUCCUUUGCCUACUACGGGGUCAUCCUGGCCAGCGCUGAGCUGCUGGAGCGGGACCUGGUCUGUGGUUCGCGGUCUGAGUCGGAGUCCGAGGUGGUGGUGACCAUGGGGGAUCCAGAGGGAAGCCAGAGCCCCUGCCACUGCCACAUGUUUGCCCCCUCUGACUACCGGACCAUGAUUAUCAGCACCAUUGGUGAAAUUGCUCUGAAUCCUUUAAAUAUCCUGGGCAUUAAUUUCCUGGGCAGACGGCUGAGCCUUUCUAUCACCAUGGGAUGCACAGCUUUAUUCUUCCUUCUCCUCAAUAUUUGCACUUCAAGUGCUGGCCUCAUUGGCUUCCUCUUCAUGCUGAGGGCUUUGGUGGCAGCCAACUUCAACACCAUCUACAUUUACACUGCUGAGGUCUACCCCACGACGAUGCGCUCUUUGGGGAUGGGGACCAGUGGCUCCCUGUGUCGCAUUGGUGCAAUGGUGGCGCCAUUUAUAGCCCAGGUUCUUAUGAGCGCAUCAUUCCUGGGAGCCCUGUGUCUUUUCUCAUCUGUCUGUGUCGUAUGUGCCAUUUCUGCAUUUACUCUCCCCAUUGAAACCAAAGGACGGGCUCUACAGGUGCUACUUCCCUUUGUGAUCCUCCUUAAAAUCUAUCUGUGUUGCCCUGUUUUAACUCAGGAGACACAUAUGGAAGAAUAAACUGUCAGAAGAACAGCAUUCUAAGAUACUGACAAUAAAUAAACUUAUUAGCAAAAGCUCCAUAGCUGCUGUGCUAAAACUGCUGGAGCAAAAAAAGACAAUGAAAUGAUAUAUGCAGUUAUCAAAAUUUGUUCAGUCUUGGGAGAAUAAAUGUCAAAUGCAUAUUCAAAACAACAACAAUUACCCUGAAACACAUAUUUGGAAAAGUGAUUAAGACUUUUUAACCAUUAAUACAUAAUUGAUAUAUUAUGGACAAGACCUAAGUCUACAUAAAAAGUGAAAAGCCAUUGCUAUUAAGUUUUCUCAUAUUUUAUCUUUAGCAAUAUCUGAAAACCCAAUGAAUCACCACAGAAUAUUUUCAAAUUGUCCAUUUUAAGAAGUAAUGCCAUGUUGAUAAGAAAGCAAGUCCUCUAGGUUUAAUUCAAGGGAGAUGAUACCAUGCAAAGAAUAAUAUUCUUUCAAGUAAGCUAUAUUUUUACUCUACUAACCUAAGGAGAAAAAUUUCAUCAGCCAAUUAAUGUUUUAUAAAUAAAAAUUUACUUUGGCAAACUAAAAAAAUUCAUGUGUAAAUAUUCUGUCAAUGUUAGAUUAGCAAAUGGCACAGCAAUUUUCUUCUAUCUUAAUCUAGCUUCCU